UUUAGAUCUAGACUUGAUCUAAUAUUCAGCUUUAGAAAUAAAAGGAUGGAUGACGAGAACGAUGAAUCAGUCUUAGACAAUAAAGACCCAGCUUUUAUCGGCGCUAUAUUUAGUAAUGUGACAGAGUUCUUACAGCUGUAUGGAUGGUUUAUUGUUAUUGCAUUAGCGGCAGUUUAUUUUUUGUACUCCCGAAUCCAGCCAUGGCUAUACAGAGCAUCUCAAAGACGGGAAGAAAAUUCCUACAAAAAACUAGAUGUUGGAGUUGCACAAAGUAGAUUAGAGGCAAUGGAAAAAGCCAGACAGAAGAUGCAAGCUGAGCUUGACGAACAGGCCAAGGUCUUUGCAGAGCAACUCAAAAUUAAAGAAGAAAAAAAGAGGCAAGAAAAAAUUGAGGAUUGGGAGCGCCAUCUACAGGGAAAAGGUUACAAGAGCAAAACUAAAGCGCCAGAAGAAAAGCCAGCAGCAACAGCAGCAUUGAACAAACCUAAACAAUCUUUACGUCCAGGUUACAACCCUCUGUCUGGGGAUGACAGCGGCGCCUGCUACAGGCCGGCUCGCAGGGGUGGAGCAGGAGGUGGUGGAUGAGGUUAAGUCAGCUGUGAAUGAUUCCUGACUGCCAGAAAAGAUUGUCCCCAGAGAGAUAUGUGUUUUUGUUGUGUUUUUUUAUGAAAUUUCUGAUUUAGAAUUUUCUAGAAGUAUUCUUGAGGUGCCUCAAUGUCAACUGUUUUUCUUUACACUGAUAGUAUAUGAAUUAAAAACUAUUGCCUGUUAUAACAAUGUUCUAAGAAUAUCUGCUAUAAUAAAACAGUGAUCCCUCGUUUAUCACAGGGGAUGUGUUUCAGAGCCACCUGUGAAAUCCACAGAGUAGAACCUAUAUAUUUAAGUAUAUAUACUCUAUAUUCAGGCUUUUAUACCCCUGGUUUUUACACUACAUGAAUCUAGAUAUUGUACAGUAAAUAUAUACAGUAGACAAAAAUACAGUAAUAAUAGAUUUAAAAAGUAACAAAUCUCUCUCUCCAUAAUACUAAGCUUGGAUACAACUCAAGCAAGCAACCAAUUGUGUGUUGCUUACUAUUGUGAGUAUUAGUAAUAUAUAUAUUUUUUUUUUUGUUUGUUUAAAUAUAUUUUGUGAUUUUUCCAUGUAAGAAAGUUCUUAAAUAUAUAUGUAUUUUUCACCUAUUAAAUUCACAGAAAAUCAGUGAAAAGGCAAAGAUCUGCAAAUUAUUUUUUUCCUAUUAAUUUCUUAUGUUAUAAAAAGUAAAAAAGCAAAGCCGUGAGGUCUGAAGCAGAGGUAGCGAGGGAUCACUGUAUAUCUUUAUUAUACUUCAGGAACCUUGUCUUACAUUGACUUCGACAAGGACAUUGCACUAAAAAAUAAAUUUUAAUUCUGUUGGUUUUUUUUUUAACUGGAACUAGACAGUAGACAUAAAACAGCUACAGUUGUAUAAAUGCUCCAUCAGUGGAGCUAAAAAUAGAAGUUCCAUAUAAACUCUCACAGCCACAGUGUGGAAUUAAGGGUGAAUCUGAAUUGUGUAAUAUUAACUUAAGAAUUGUGUGUCUUCCAAGUCUCAGCAUCGUUCUUGUUAAUAAUGAAAUAAUACAAUUAUUUUAUGGUACACUUAGUACUUUUUUAGUAUGGCACACCUAGUGCUACUUAAGUAAACAUUGUUCCACUUUUGUACAACUAGGGCUACUUAUGUGCAAUUGCUCCUACUUUUGUAAUACUAGUGCUUCAUAUGUACAAUUAGUGCUACUAAUGUACUAAUAGUUAUGUACUAAAUUUUGCAUUACUACAUCAAGGAAUGAUUUGUUGACUAUAGAGCCAUAGAAAUAAAGAAUGAUGUUUGAUCCCCAGUGCUGUACUAAACCUAGAAGUAUGACCAGUGCUGUACUAAACCUAGAAGUAUGACCAGUGCUGUACUAAACCUAGAAGUAUGACCAGUGCUGUACUAAACCUAGAAGUAUGACCAGUGCUGUACUAAACCUAGAAGUAUGACCAGUGCUGUACUAAACCUAGAAGUAUGACCAGUGCUGUACUAAACCUAGAAGUAUGACCAGUGCUGUACUAAACCUAGAAGUAUGACCAGUGCUGUACUAAACCUAGAAGUAUGACCAGUGCUGUACUAAACCUAGAAGUAUGACCAGUGCUGUACUAAACCUAGAAGUAUGACCAGUGCUGUACUAAACCUAGAAGUAUGACCAGUGCUAAUGUGUCAGAGAAAUGUCAGAGAGCUGUGAGGUUGAUGUAGUGCAAGUAGCUACACAGUAGCACAAAGCAAUGUCAGGCAAUGAAUGUUGAACCAACAACCUGCUCCCUUUGUAUAAUAUAUAUAAUGUUCAUGUACAAACUGUAAUGACAAGAGGAGUUUUGAUCUCAAGUUAUAUUUGAAUGCACAAACAUUUUCUCUGUAGAGAUAUGGGACAACUUUGUAUGGAAGUUGGCAGCAAAUUUUUCACAGCUAUUUUUUUUUAUUGCAAGGGAAGUAACUGUAACAUUUGCCCAGAGUUUAUUAAAUUUUUUUUUUUUAAUUUUUUAACAAAUAUUUCAUUGUUUAAAGAAGUAUUAGAUUGUUUUGCAACUUUGUCAGGAUUACAUUUUUCAAUUUUAAAUUGGAUAAAGGGUUUGUGGGUAGUUUAUUAAUAUGAAGAACAAUAAUAUCCUUAUUUUCUGGGCAUCAUGUAAGUUACCUCCCUCAUUAUACUCUUCCAGUAGUUGUCACAAUGAGUUAGAAGUUUUGUACACAAACCUAUACAUAAAUGAAAGAAAAACAAUUGGUCUUCCUUUUGUUUUUUAUAUAUACACUGAUAGAUCUGAUCACUGGUAUUUUUACAUUCUAUACAUUGUACAUCCAUCAAAGGAUAAAAGCCUGUUGUUGUUUUUUUUGUCAUUUCAAAAGUAUAAGAGCUACAUCAACAGUAUUUUGUGUGUGGGGGGAGGGAAGGCAAUCUACAUCCAUCAUCAGCCUAUCAGUUGGUGUUCAAAUAGUGACAGCUGUAAGUGCUUACUUUAUAGUUUGCUAUUACAUUGAGCUAAGUGAUCACAAUUAUUUAGCACAACUAGAUCUAGUUCCUGUUCACAUUUUAUGACUUAAGUUUCUGUACCAGGCUUCUAAACAUCAUGUGUCCAUGAGAUUGUUUGUUCAAAGGUCAUGGUGACCUGGCACACAAUUGAUAUAACAACUACAUAGAGGAGUAUAGCCUUUAAACAUUUUGUUUCUUAGAUUUUGUUAUUAUUUAUUACAUCUGCUCAUGUUGUAACAUUAAUUUUUUUGUUUAAAAAAGGUGUUUCUUUGAAAUGUCAUCAUCCAGGUAAAAAUUUAAAAACUAAAAAGCCACUGUUGUUGACAUCUAUAACUAUUUAUAUAUUUAUUGAUAUUUUAUAUGAAAUAAAAAAAAUGUGGCUUGUA